AUGUUUCAAGACCUGCCCUUCGAGAUUGUUAUUGAAAUUUUGCAAUUCAUUCCCACCUACCCAUAUUUAUAUUUUGACAUGCCUCGUAUAUGCAAACAAUUCUAUUUACUUUUCAAAUAUGGAUUAGAAGAUUUCGAUACGUCUGAUGAUGAGAAUAGUGUUUCGGAGAGACUUUUGAAGUUGCCGUUGAUGGAAUUGAAACAUUUUUUGAAUAAGAAAAAUAAUAGGUCAUGCAUGAGUAAAUUUCAUAGUCUUUUGAAAUUUGAUCAUGUUAACUUGGUGUUUUUCAUUCCAAAACGAUAUCGAGUUCUGGGUAUGAGCUUGUUUCGUCCAGAGUCAAGUACUGAGAAGGAGCAAGAAGAGUUUUUUCAAGCUGUUCAUACUUUGUUUUACAAAAUAACAAUGGAUUGGAAAUUGCAAGUUUCCGAGCUCAUCUUGGUCAAUCUUGCACACUAUUCGACAAGACUACAAUGCUGUCUUGAAAAUUUUCAUGUAUUUGAAACUGUUCAACGUGUGGUCAUGUCAAGGAGACUUUUUUUCGCAGCAAGAUCGAACGACAGAGAUUACAAAAGAAAUGCCACAUCUAUUAAUGAUCUCAUUCGAUUUAAAAACACACUGGCCUUAUUGAGAAUAUUUCAAUUAGAGCCUUAUUUUGAAGCGAAUCGAUUGAUCAUCUAUCGACAAAUGUUAGGACUUGUGAUUGCUAAAACGAAACACAACGAGAAGUUUGAAAGUGAAGUGUUAGAGUAUAUUCCUGCAUUUUCCAAACGAUAUUUACAAAACAACGACAAUGGUGUGAGUUGUGACGAAAAUGGUCCUGAGGAAGUACUGAAAUUACUUGAAAAUGAUUUUUAUGAAGAUGCUACGGCAUGGAAAGAAAGUCAUAUUUCCCGCUGUUCCAAAGACAUUCCUACAUGGCUCACAGAAACAGUCAUGAAUUACAUUAAAGCACAUGAGACAAAAGAAGCAUCCAAAAUAACAAAGAAGAAGAAAAGAAAGUAA